AUGGACGCCAGAGCCAUUGUCGCCCGCGAGCCCUCGGCAGGCCCCACCUGGGCCCUGGAAGCCAUCACCGUCGGCGCCCCUGCAGACGACGAGGUCCUCGUCAAGAUCACCGCAACCGGAAUCUGCCACACCGACAUCUUGCUGUCGUCUAUGCCGACGGGUGCGUUGGGUCUCGCUUACCCUAAGAUCGUCGGGCAUGAAGGAGCUGGUAUCAUCCAGGCAGUCGGCAAAAAUGUAAGCAAGGUGUCUGUUGGCGACAAGGUGCUUCUAUCGUACUACUCAUGCUCCAACUGUGGGCACUGCAAAGCGUCGCGCCCGACCUACUGCACAGAAUUCAAUCUAGAGAACUACGCCGGCCGGAAAUGGCCGGGGAUGGUGUGCAAGGACAGCGGCGAGGAAGCCUGGGCGCAGUUCUUCGGGCAGUCCAGUUUCGCGGAGUACACGCUGGCUGCGGAGACGAGUGUUGUGAAUGUGAGCGGGUUGCUACAGAGUGAUGAAGAAUUGAACCUCUUUGCACCGCUGGGGUGCGGGUUCCAGACUGGCAUGGGGGCUGUUGCGAAUGUGGCGAGUGCUGGGCCGGACGAUGUGGUUCUGGUUAUGGGGAUGGGCGCUGUUGGGAUGGCGGCUCUUAUGACGGCCAAGAUCCGGAACUCAAAGACGAUUAUUGCUCUGGACAGAUUCGCUAACAGGCUUGAACUGUCGCGGGAAGUUGGGGCUACGCAUACGCUCAAUACCGCGGUGGAUGGGUUCGAUUUCCAGCAGGCUGUACGGGAGAUAUCGCCCACGGGCGCAUCAGUCAUAGUCGAUACCACGGGAGUAGGACAGUUGAUUGAAGAGGCCUUUGAGAGCUUGUCGUCGCUGGGGAAGUUGGUUCAUGUAGCCCCUACUCCGCCAGACUACAAGCUCAAGGUGGACACCACCGCGCUGCUGAUGUCUGGAAAAACAAUUACCGGGUGCAUCGAAGGGAACUGUAUCUCGAGCGAGGCUGUGCCCCAGAUGAUCCAGUGGUACCGCGAGGGCCGGUUCCCCUUUGACAAGCUCAUUACAUUCAUUCCUGCCCUCGAGUUCGCAAAAGCCCUGGAGGGAAUGCAUGAUGGAAGCGUGCUGAAGCCCGUUCUGACCUGGAGUUAA